GUAAAACAUGGUCAGUGGAGAAAGCAGGAAGUAGUCCAUGUGCUGCAUAUGUGUUACUGAUGUUGUUUAUCGCAUGGAAGUCUUCACAGAACAAGCGUGAAGUACUUUGCCGUAUGCAAUCAUGAUAACACCGGCGUUUGAACUGAGUCAAGAUGCCGAUUUCCUUACUGUGGUUAUUCGUGUACCCUACACCAGAACAUCUGAGUUUGACAUCUACAUCCAGGGAGAAGAUUUUAAGUUCUAUGCCAAGCCCUACUUUCUCAGAUUGACUCUGCCUCGGAGAAUAGUUGAAGAUGGCCGGGAAAAAGCUUCAUUCGAUAUUGAUAAAGGCCUCUUCACACUGUGUGUCCCUAAAGAGACAGCCGGACAGCACUUUGAGGGUUUGGAGAUGCUCACCAGUCUCCUGGCUCCUAAGGGAUCAAGGUCAGCCAAACCACUGGUGGAGGACACAGAAGCCUGUGGUGGAGGAUGUGAGGAGGAAGAUGAAGAGGAGGAGUUUGAUUGGCAGAUAGUACAGGAGGUUUACACUGAAACCCCAGCAGAGACGCUGAAAGAAUACCACAAGUAUGGCUUUGGAAACCUUAGGUCUGGAGUCUUCACCAGACUUCAAGAAGAGCUGAAUGAGGUGAUUGAUGUGAAGGAUCCUGACAAUACUGCUCCUGAGCUCAGGAGAUGCAAUCGACUAGACGCAGAGACCACAAUAUUUUGUGCUGACCAUUACAUGGUGAACUUGUAUGAGGACGAGGAGGAGAUCAGAAACCUGCUGAAGUUUAAACCGUGGUGGAGAGAACUGAGCCCGGACCCUUCAACACAGUCCGACACCUCAAUAACUUUCACAGAAGAAGAAAAAGAGCAGAUGAGGAAAUUCACAAACCAUUCGUACUUGCUGGAUAAGAAAGCACGCUUCCACGCCUGGCUCGGUUUGGUGGACAUCAUUCUCGCGUAUGUCUAUGAUGUGCGCACUACAGAGGGAGAGCACAAUGUAGAGUCAGCCUGGACCAUCAGGAAGCUCAGCGGUACUCUCAGCUGGCUGGAGACGUAUCACUCUGUACAAGAUGUGUUGGUGUCUUUCGGCAGAAGGACAUUGUGCUACCCGCUCUAUCGGCACUUCUCCCUGAUCACAAGAGCUGUGAAAGACGUUGCUUGCAUUUUUCAGUCUGGGAAGGCAUGUGUCCUGAAGUGUCUGCUGGCCAUCCAUAGGAUCUUCCGGGAGAACGAUCCAGCCUAUAUCCUCAAUGACCUCUACAUCACAGACUACUGCAUCUGGAUCCAGAGGGUCAAAUCCAAACAUGUGCUUGCACUGGCUGAAUCCCUACAUAAUGCCAAACUGCAGAAGAACCAUCUAGAACUGGAGCUGGAGAUACUCGAACAAGCUGCUGAACUUGUGGUGAAGGAGGAGGAAGCAGAAGAAGAGGAGGAGGAGGAGGAAGACUCAAGCAGUGGUAGUGACACUGAGGAUGAGGAAGAGAGUGAGGAAGAACAGCCUGAAGAAACACAACCUGAAAAUAACCAAAUGGGACUCAGACCUUUCGAACCACAGGUUAGCUGUGAGGAUCUGAAGGUAGAUGCUGUGACUGAAGCUUCCCUCCGUGUUGAGCUCCAGCCUGGAAGUGGAGAGCCACGACUGGCCAGACGGUUGAUUGAGGAGCUGGGAGAGAGGCUGGAGGCGGGGCUGACGAUUCAGGAGGAUGUGCCUCGGGAAAGACGCUCUAUUAGCAGCAGUAACACAGAGGGAGAGGGAGAGAGAAAGAGCGAGGGAGAUUAUUACCAUCAGUGUGCAGUUGAGACAGAAAGAGACGCCACGAAAGCAGCAACCAGUAGAGAGCUACUUGAUCCGUGCCUUCAGAGGAAUCCACUGCGUAUCAUAAGCAAUGAUGAACUGGACAGUGACGAUGAUGAAGACCUACUUCUUACGGUGGGAAAAAAAGUACCUUAGUGGGCAGGGCACAUUAUUGCUUGGACAUUACGAUUCCUUCAUUCUAAGACUAAUGGAUGUAUCCUUAAAUCAGUCAAAGAACUUGUGCUUUUUCAUGGAUUUAUGUUGUGAAAAAAUGUCGUAAUUGCUUGUUUCGCAGUGUUAAAUAAAUAAGACUUUUUCCAUUGUA